GAGGCAGCGCGGCGGCCCCGCGUUAUGCCGUCUCCACGGAGGAGCUGAAUGGGGGUGGCCUCUUCGUGGUCCGGAGCCCCUACGACAGGGCGCUGGAGACCAACGAAGGCGCGGGCUACAUGUCCGUGCGCGAGGGGGAUGUCGUCUACGUCUGCGAAGGCACGUUUGAGCAAGGGCAGGGGGAGUCGGGGGUCAACUUUUACGAGCACUACGUCUUCGCGCAGCGCCAGGCGCAGGCGGGCAGCGGGCAGCCCGAGCAUGGCUGGGUCGCCGUCCCGCCCCUGCUGUACGAGAGCGAGGGCGACUGA